UGGAAGUUACACACAGAUGCGUGCAAAGCUUUGACUUUUCCGUUUUCUAUUUCUUAAUGAUUCCCCUUUCCGUUUUAAUUAUUUCCGUGCUUCCAAAUCCCACCGGACCAUCUUCCGACCACUCCCCACUUUCCCUCCGCAUAUUCCCAUAAACAAUCUCCAUAUAAAUACACACACACUUGCAUCCCUCCUCCUUCAAAUCACCAUGAACAAAAUCCGAGGUUUUAGAAUCAGACACAAGCUCGUAAAGCUCAUCAAACGGGGACUUCAUCGGAGACAAAUUCAUUCCGAUUAUCUACGAUUAAACCCUCCAACUUACACCGCCAGAGCCAUAUCAAAACUCUGCGGAUUCGCUCGUUCUUUGAAGAAAAAUAUAUGCUGCCGGAUAUCGAAUUCCAAUUACAUUCGCCUCGGGGAGGAAGAACAGAAUCCGAUUCCGAAAGGGCAUUUGGCGGUCUACGUUGGUGAGAAAGAAGACGCUGCACAUAGGGUUUUGGUGCCCGUGAUUUACUUCAAUCAUCCAUUAUUUGGGGAUUUGUUGAGAGAAGCAGAAAAGGUGUAUGGGUUUAAUCAUCACGGCGGGAUCCAUGUACCUUGCCGGAUAUCUGAAUUCGAGAACGUUCAAACCAAGAUUAACGCCGCCGGUGGUUGUGGUGGAUCGGACGGAUUCCGUCCACGACGGAGCUGGCGUCUUACUCUGUGAUGAAGAUUUGUGGGUUUGCUAAAUUCGAGUGUUUGUUUUUUUAGAUUUUGUUUUUCGCCAGUUGUAAAUAAGAUCUGGAUUUUCUAUACAAUAAUACCCACCAAGUUAUGAUUUUAAAUACAUAAUAUUAC